AUGCAUUCUUUCACCAAGUUUUACAGGACCGUUGCCAUUAAAAAGGUGAAGAAUAUCGAAUAUAAAAAGGGAGAGACAAAUGUAAAGGAACAUCAGUUGGUAGGAGUACUUGGGAUUCACUUUACUACUCUGCGUGAAUUGAAAGUGAUGUCGGAGUUAAACCAUGAAAAUCUCAUGGGACUUAUUGCAGUCUAUGUAAAAGAAGGUUUUAUCAACAUUGUAAUGGACAUUAUGUUGUCCGAUCUCAAAAAGGUUAUAGACAGUAAAAUUCGUCUAAAUGAAGCACAUGUAAAGUGCAUAAUGAAGCAAAUUUUGACUGGGCUCUAUGUACUACACGAAUCACUCUUUGCACACCGCGAUCUCUCACCUGCAAAUAUUUUUAUAGAUGAGAAUGGAGUAUGUAAAAUCGCAGAUUUUGGCCUUUCUAGGCGUACAGUAUAUCCACCAACAUACAGAGAAUCAAAGAAUAUGAAAAUUCUAGAAGCAAAUGCAUCCAGAGAAAGGUUAACAUUCAAAGUUGUUACUCUAUGGUAUCGUUCUCCAGAGCUACUUUUAGGUGCUGAAUGCUACCAUUUCUCAUGUGACUUGUGGAGUGUUGGCUGUAUAUUCGCAGAGCUCCUCACGGGAAAACCUCUAUUUCCUGGAAGUAACGAAAUCGAUCAACUUGGAAAAAUCUAUCAUCUCAUGGGAACACCAUCUGAAACUCUCUGGCCAGGAGCGACCAAACUUCCUCUAUACACUCCAUACACGUUCUCCACCCCAAAGGAAUUGUCAACCAUAUUUCCACAUGCCAACAAGACCUCACUCGAUCUCCUAUCAAAGCUACUCGCCCUCGAUCCACACGAGAGAAUCACAGCUCAGCAGGCAUUGGAACAUGAAUACUUCAAGGAAUCACCUCUAGCAUGUAAAUCCACAGAUCUACCAUUUGACUUUAUUAAAAAAAGUGCAGACUAA